AUGUUACUUCCCCAUCCCCCCCAUCCCCUACCUCGUCUUUGGGUUUCUAGAUUUGUCCAGGAAAUGAAGCGAUCCUGCCGGGAUUCGAUUCGGGACCAUGAAGUGUGGUGCAACUCACUGGACCCAUCCAUCCGCAGGGAGCCACCCCAUGUGUUUGGGGAUAUCUGUGAUGUGUUCUUUGACAAAGGAUUUCUAGAUGAGGGAAGCUUCAUCCAGAAGUUGCUCCACGCUGACGGGGCAGCGUUGGCAUCACACGCUUUCUGCCACACCCACAACACUUACUGUGGUCUCUGGCCUGGACGGUCUGCUGCGGCGGCAGAUGUCGAAGUCGCGGGCCUGCCGUGCACUGACUACAGCAAAGCGGGCAGGCGUCAGCGCCACGAGGGGGUGACGAACAAGGUUUUCAUCUCCCACGCAAAGCGGCACGUCGAGCUUGGCACACCGCUGCUCAUCUUGGAGAAUGUUUGGGACAUGGUCGACAAAACCCCUUUCCCAACAGCCCCAUAA